UAUCCAUGCUCUCAACCAAGCUCAAAAAACCACUUGUAAAUAUUAGAUUUGUUGUUUAGAUUACAUUGAUACCUUGCAAUCCAAAUAUGAGCAAAACUAAGUUUGAACGGUAAAUGAUUUCAUCCACAUGUUUCAUUCUACCAUUUGCAUUGCUUGAAUUUGUACUUACACAUUGGCUCAUUUUAGAAGCUAAUUCUCUUUCAAAUUUGAUUUUUACUACAAUUCGUUAAUCAGAUUUUUUUGUGAAAAUUGAUUUCAUACUUAAUUAUGACUGUCACUGAAUACCCUACAGCUAUGAAUGCAAGGCAUAAUGUAAGAAACACUUGACUGGGACCCUAUUCAGUUUUAUUGAAGAUGAGCAUUCCAUGAAAUGUGAAGUAGCAAUGGAACCAGAGCCUUGACACCCGCACCUGAAUUGUAUAGUUACUCAUCGAUUACUGACUUGUGUGGGGAUCUCCAUGAACUGCCAACUCACAUGGUGAAACUGCUGCCAGUAUAAGAAGAAGCAAAUCCUCGUAAUUCUCUGAGGCAGUUUCGGCCACUGUGAAAGCACAGAACACUGGCUGCAUUUUGUUCUGGUGGGUCGAAGCUCCCAGACCUGCAUUCAGGAUGGUAACUCAAACCAGGCUGAGGUUGCAUGCAGCUAACUCCGUCGAUCGCCAUGGACAUAUCAAACAUCCACUCAGAAUCAGAAGAAUCACACUUGAAGUUGAGAUCUUGUGAGCCAUGCAGUGGAGGACCUUCAUGGCAAGGUUGCCGUUGGCAUGACGAGCAAGCCUGAGGACAAGCACAUCAUCAUCCUUCUCAACAUCAACGUCCCGAACUUCAUCUUAGUAGACAAGAUUACGACAGUUCGCACAAGUUUCUGUGCAGAGCCUCAGCUGACCUUCAGGUUUGGGGACAUGUUGACAAGUUCAUGAUGUUCGAGUGAGUUCCUUAUGGUCAUGAACGUGCUCUGAAUGGAAUUGCUAACCUUGGAAGUUAUUUGGCACGAAAUUUUGAGAGACUUUUGAGAACAAUGGGAACUGCUCUCAUGCGGAAGCAGUAUCUCUCAUGUACCGGAAUGUUGGUGGGUAAUGUUCACAACAUCGUCAUCUCAGGCGAAUGAGGAGGUCAGGGGAAGAUGAAUAUCCUGGUUGCGCAACGGUUUCUCCACAUCGUCUGAAAGCUCUGCACAUUCGCAUUGCGAAUUCGUCUCCACUGCUCACUGCUUUACACAGACUCAUCUUCUUCUCCACACUUUCGCCCUAAUUUGUGGCCAUAACCAACUCACUCAUGGCUGCAUGUUUUGCAAUGACCGGAUCCCUGCAUGUCUAUCGGUGUGUACACAAGCUGAACGACUCAUACAGCGAUGUCGCAAUCAUCGUUGAGCCAGAUCAUUGCAACUCACACGUCCGGACAUGUCUGCGGAACUUGACUUUGCCUCUUGUUCCUUGUCCUUUACUUCGGUGUUGCAGCAGCAAUUAUACCCUAUUUUCGUUAUGCAAGUAAAUUCCCCACGUACAUUUUGCAUUGAUGCCUGUUUCUUCGCUCAGCAGUUGCAUUUCCACGACGUGGUGCAUGGUGUGCUGUUGGGGUCGCUUCUUAAGUCUUCUGUCAUAAAAUCUGCUAUAGAAAACAUCAAUGUCUAACUUCACCUGGGGACAUUCUCAACAACUAUGCAAGGGGUGGAGAGAUAACGGGGUGGGAAUUGGACCACAGGCAGUACAAUCUCAAAAUUAUAUAAAAGGCUGAAAUGCAGAAUUGACGAACACGACAUCCACAGCAGCAGUAAUGAAUCCAAUCAUCAUCAACUCUGCUUCGCCGCUGGAUCGCCCAUGAAACUAUCCUUCAAACCGCCUGUCCAACCAGCCGACGAAAGAGAGUUUCACAACUUUAUGCCCCACCUAAAUGAUCAUCGCCGUAUAUUGCUGCCGUGAAGGAGUCCAAGCUACUGGUGUGUGCAUGCCCGUAGCAGUUGAAAAUGCGACGCACUUCUCCUCAGACUCAUGGCGGCAGCAGAGGAUCAGCGAGGGAGAAGGGCAAUGCUAGCGACGUGUGGGACGUGGUGUCCACAUUGGCGGAUGCGCUGAUGGACGCGCGAGACCAGCUGGUGACACUCAUGAACAGCUCCCCGAGCUAUGCAUCGCGGAAAAGUGGCGGAUCCGCUUAUCGCAACCCCACACGAGAAUGCUUGCGACACCCAGGCCAUGGCACUUGGGUACGCAAUGUCCAUCACGGGCACACUCAUGGUCCUGUCGCAUUCAGAUCCAGCUCAGAAUGUCGCUUGAACCCCAUGUCAGCGGGUGAGAGCCCUCCUUGUCAUGCUUUUGCAGAGAUAAUCGCAUCUCCAGGGAGAAGCCCCAGCACACGUUGCGCUCAUCCGCUGCACAAAAUGGACUCUAGGAGGAAAAUCUCGCCCCCCUGUUACCAGCCCCAGUUGCCAACCACAGGCAGGGAGUCGACGUGCGACAUGCUCAGCGGCAGGGACGAAGACAAUGAGAGCAUCAACAUAGCACGAGCAUGCAGCGCGAAUGCCAAUAGGCGAGCUCUCUGGCCACAGCAGAGGCGCCAUUGUGUGGGAACACAGUACGCCACUCUUCUGACACAGGAAACAUUGCAGAUGCAAGAGCGUCGCCUGGCGGGGGCGAAUUGCAGGGGUGGGAAGCCUGCAUGGAGCUGACCCUUCACCACGACCCUCUCCUCAAGUUGAUCAACUUACAUCCGUUUUCUCCGUUUCACGCAACUCUGACCUUCGGCGGACUUGUGAUUAACGAGUCUGCAUUGAUUCUCUGUCAAUCUAGUUACACGAAUUCGCAAUCUGAUCCGCCCAACGUCGCCGCAUCCAACAACAAAUCGAUGACGCCGCGUGAGUGGUUGUGGUCGCGACUGCCAUUCGAUGAAGACGGGCAACCACAUCUCAGUGUCCAGUGCCACUGCCCCCAACCUAGUUGUCCACGUCAGCAAUAAUAGGUGUUUACUGCCCACAUCAGCACUGGAAAAGAGGAUAAAGUGGGCUUUUCUCUUUUUGUGAUGGAAGAGACCCAGAUUGCCAUUUGUCUUUGGUUGAGCAUGUCCAUGUGUACCUUGUUGCUGAAAUACAACACAAACUUCAUGUCC